UUUGCGGUCAGGAAGAACGAGGCGUCCAGAGGACUGACGCUGCAAGCCAAGAGCUUCUUGCGCAGCAACAACGGCAAGCCCAACUGCUGGAUGAUGCUCCGCCUCAGCCCGAACGGCGAGCCUCAAUGUUGGAAAUCGAGCAACUGGCCCGGCGAGCCAUCCGCAGCGGAGCGCGAGUACGCGCAUAGGCUCGCGCUUUGGGGAAAGCUGACGCUUUCUGGCGAGGCGGGCGAGGACAGCGCUAGCAGGAAAGCACGCAUGCUCAUCACGCUGGACCAGACGCGCCCGCAGCUCUUCUUUGAUUGCGUGGUGGAGGUGCUGGAUGUCAGCGUCGGCGCCCGCCCGUUCAUCACGGUCACCGACUACACUGCACACCCCUGCUUCGAUCGCGAGAACGACGCGCUGCUGCAUGCGCGCCUCGGCUUCCCGCCUCCUGAAGACGUCAUCCCGGGCGACGGCGGAGGGCGCGUAUUCCACAUCACGCUAUUCGGUGCGCAGCGCGCUGCUACUGAAGUCCUUCGCGCAAACAAGCGCUACCACCUGGCAGAAUUCAGGGAAGUGUCGUUCUAACGAC